CAGUAAAAUGGAAAGCUGCAGAUAAAAAAGAGAAAAACCAAUGAGCUAUUUUCUUUGUAGGUAGCCAUUCUAUUUCUGGAUGUUUGCCUGGCUGGUACAAACUAGGAAAAUCAUGUAUCAUGUUUUAUUUCCAAUCAUCUAAGCAGUGGCGGUUUGCCCGGAACUUAUGUCACAAGCAGAAGAGCGAAAUCGCUAUAGUUAAUAGUGCAGAGCAAUUAAAGGCCCUUGCAGAUCAGCGGAAACAACUCAAGAAAGAAUACCGCGGUCUUACACUUGGAAUUAAUAGCAAGCUGCGUUGGGUUUGGAUAGAUGAUGAUAAUGCAACGAGUACUAUAAAUCUAUGGGGCCCGAGGGAACCGAGCGGCGAUGGUAAGUGUGGAGCCUUUUUAAAUGCAAUUGGAUCGAGUUCAAACUGGGCUGGAUACGGAUGGCGCUGGAACGAUCUACCCUGCACGAGCCGUAAUGGAUUUAUUUGCGAAGAACCGUUAGAUGUUCCCCUGCCCGUAGCUCUUUUUUCCACGCAUCGCAGCGAUAGAGUUGUUGACCAUGGUCCAAAUGGAGCCACCGAAGCAGUUUUCAAUAACAUCAUGCUGGCGACAGGUCCCUUUGGUGAUCCAGCUGGCUCCUUUCUUAUCAGCGGUUUUAAUAACAGCUAUGUGGAAGUUGAAAAUGGGGGAGAGCUUGAUACAAGGUUUUCGGUGAGCGUUUUUGCAUGGGUGCACCCUGACGCCUCUGCCUCUCGUGCUGGUCUGAUAUAUGAGUAUGGUUGCUCGAUGUGGUAUUUUCCUUCGACCUUGGGACUUGAAAUUCGUUAUAUGGUCAGGGAUCGUUCUAAGACUCACAUAUUAGGUAUAGAAGGUGUUAUCAAAGUAAACGCGUGGAAUUUUGUGGGGACGACGUACGAUAUUCACGCUGGCGUUGCGGCUGUGUGGGUAAAUGAGAGCAUGGUUAUGAACAAGUCUAUUGGAACCAACGUGGAAUUGGCAACUCAAGGAAAUCUUACUAUAGGAGCGUCUAACAACCAUGAGAUGCAAUUCUAUGGAAAAGUUUCCUGCUUGCAGUUCUACGAUCAAGCAUUGUCCGUGGAUCAAAUUAUGAAGAUAAAGACAAGAUGCAAUCAAUCCAUCUCACCAGCGACUUCACCAGACCACGCAAGAGUGGGAUGUUAUAGAGACACAUACAAUCGUGCAAUUCCAACAUUAGAAGGAGCUGACCCCUUAUUGGUCGGUGAUUACCUGAACCGUGAAAACGCGAUCGAAAAGUGUGCCCUCGCAGCUCAAAAAAGGGGCUUUCGCAUGUUUGCAGUUCAGAAUGGUGGUUGGUGUGCAGCUAGUGUCUCAGCAGAAAAAACGUUCCACAAAUAUGGCCAGAGCACUGAUUGCCGCGGCGAUGGCGAAGGAGGACCUUGGUCAAACGAUGUUUACCUUAUUAAAGAUUAUAAAUAUGUGGGGUGCUACAGAGACAUCGUUGAUCGUGCAAUUCCGGACCUUGAAGGAACAGACCCAGUGUUGGAUGGAAAUUACAGAGCACGCCAAAACGCAGUUGAAAAGUGUGCGAUCGUGGCACGCAAAAGAGGUUUCCAAAUGUUUGCAGUACAACACCAUGGGCAGUGCUUGUCCAGUGCAACAGCAGAAGAAACUUUUGACAAGUAUGGCAAGAGUAAUGAUUGCAGUGAGGAAGGCAAAGGAGGGCCUUGGGCAAACAGUGUUUACGUCUUUAGAGUAUCUCAAUCGUGGUGCCGUCCGGGAUUUUUCCCCCUUCGUGGUGGUUGCUUUUCUAUAAAUCCCUCAAGUACGCUUAAUUGGCAACAGGCUUUGGAGCGGUGCAAACGAGACGGUGGGACCUUGGCCAAGAUAGCUCGUGAAGGUUUGAGAGCCACUUUCUCCAAUAUAUUAGACGAAAUCAGACGCUUCCAAUCAAAUUUUAACAGUUUGUUCAUUGGCCUGUUAAGCAAGGAUGAAUGGACAUGGAUUGACGGCACCCCACUAAAUUACUCGUUGUGGAAGCCGGGAUAUCCAAUACCAAUUCAAAGCACUCGCAGUUGUGGUUAUCUGGCAGGUGGCUCAUCUGGAAUAAGGAGUGGUGAAUGUACAUUAAAAAGGUACCCGCUGUGUCAGAAAAAAGCUGGUGAGUUGCCGUGCAUGUUUGGUCAAAUUAUAGGAUAUUACAAGUUUUGCUGUGAGGGAGUCUAUUGUCCUGGUUGCCCACUGGAACUGAACAUCUCGACCCUGGGACAAAAUGUAACAGUGAACUCAGCAGUGAGCCUGUCCUGUGUUAACACAUCAUUUGAGGCAGAUUUUAACACGAUUAGUCAACCUGGAAAUUUUACUGUGCAG